GAGCUAGAGAUUAGAGAUGGAACCCGAUCGAGAACCCAACGAAACAUCACGUGCUUUCCUUGAUCACCUAACCAUAUGCUAUACGUUCGCUGCUACCUAACCUUUCCUCUUGCAGCAACAGUAUAUAUCAACAGUACCUAGUAUCGCUGUAUCAGACAUGCAAAUCGACUCACUUGUUUGAGAUGGGGGCCGCCGGCAAUCUCCUGGUCAUUGACGCGGCCGUCGUCACUCCCUCCGACGAUCUCCCGGCGCGCUCCUUGCCACUGACCUUCUUCGACGUCAAAUGGCUCCGCCCGCCGCCCGUCCAGCGCCUCUUCCUCUACCGCCUCGACCACCAGCACCACCACGGCACUGCCCAGCAGCUCGUCUCCGACCUCAGGCGCUCCCUCUCCAUGGUCCUCACGCUCUUCUACCCACUCGCCGGCCACGUCCGCCUUGCGCCGGGCACUAACCGCUACGAGCUCUUCUACCAGCCCGGCGACGGCGUCGCCUUCACCGCCGCCGAGUACGACGUCCACGUCGACGACCUCGCCAGCUGCUCCGACGAUGAGCCCGUCCCGGUCGCUAAGCUCGCGCCGCUCUUGCCACCGCUCCCCAAGGGCCGGGCGGUGCUCGCCGUGCAGGCCACGGUGCUGCUCGGCGGGAGAGGCCUCGCUCUCGGCAUCACACUGCACCACUCCGCUUGCGACGGCGCCAGCUCCACGCACUUCCUGCACUCCUGGGCAGCCGCUUGCGCCGGUGUCGACAUGCCUCCCCCGCCCGUCAUCGACCGCACGCUCAUCGCCGACCCCAAGAACCUGUACGGCAUCUAUACCAAAGGAAUGGUGCCGAGCGACGGCGCCGAGAUCGAGUUCGCUGGCACCAGCCUGUCCUCUUACCCUGCCGACCAGCUCCUCGCCACGUUCACGCUGUCUCAGGAGCUCCUGCGUGGCAUCAAGGACGCGCUCGCUGCCGAGGCGGCGAGGCACGGCGCCGCAACGAUGCCGUUCAGGUGCUCGUCGUUGAUCGCCGCCUACAGCUUCAUCUGGUCCUGCUACUGCCGAGCCAAACAGGGCGUCGACCAAACUAAAACAACAUACUUUCUCUUCUCCGUCGACCACCGGACGCGGCUCGACCCACCCGUCCCUAAGUUGUACCUGGGGAACUGCCUCGGCCCAGCCAUCGCCGCUGCGCGCCACAACGAGUUGGCCGCCGACCCCUUGGUUGGCCUCUUCGCCGCGUUCACCGCGCUCGCCGACGCGCUGGAGGAAGCGGUGGGCGAGGGGGCGCGGGACCGGUGGGAUGGAUGCGUGGAGCGGGUGAAGGAGGCGGUGAAGGCCGGCGUGCUGUCGGUGGCCGGGUCGCCGAGGUUCGGCGUGUACGACGUCGACUUCGGGUUCGGCCGACCAGCCAAGGUGGACAUCGUGUCCGUGGCCAAGACCGGGGCCAUGUCAAUGGCCGAGGGGCGCGACAGCCUUGGCGGUGUGGAGGUCGGCAUCUCGUUGCCGCCGGCUGGGAUGGAGCGUUUCCGGCGGUGCUUUUCCGACGCCACUCGUGCCGUGGGCGGAAAAUAGUUUUAUGGGACCUCUACAAUUUCAUUCCCAUGAAUCAACUUCAGAAUUGACAUGUUGCAUGUGUGGUAGUUCAGAUUAAAAAUAGACAACCAAAUUUUGCA